AUGGACCAGAGGCCCCUGCGGUCAUCUGAGAGCGAGAAGGGUGUGCAUGUCAGGGUGGUCCAGCUGAGGGCUCAGCAGGAAGAGGAACACGAGGACUCAGGACCCCGGGGCCGAGGUGAUUCGGUAGCGGAGGUGGCCACGCGAGACGUCACACACACCCUGCCUGAGGACGGGAAUUUACUCGUCCAGUUUCACAUCCAGGAGGAGGCUGAGAAGAUCAUAAUCCAGGGCUGUGUGAGAUCUGACUGUCAAUCACAGUUUGUGCACAAUCACUUAACGAGCACAAACUCGAUGAGAGGGUGCUCAGUGGUUGAGUUCCUGUCAGCUGAAAAGAUUCUGGUGUUGUGCAGGACAUCACUGUCACCUAGUGGAUCCUAUAUUCAAAUCUGCCCACCAAGCCAAUUAGCACAGAUCGAUGUCCCCUUUCAACUAAAGAUUGGCAGUAAAUAUUCUGUUAAUGAAUUGUAUUAUGUGAUGACCUCCAGAGGACAGGUGGUCGCAACUGGACGAGAGACGUCCUCUUCUGACGUUCUCACACCCGCACGGUCCAGGACUCCAGAGGCCUGCGUCAUUCUCUUCCACCGAGUCACCUCAGGACAGGUGUUGGGUGACCAGGUAGAGUAUAAGACAAGCAGUCCUGAAGCUGAAUAUGCCUGCAAUCUGACUGUACUGACAGAUGCCAGCCUUCAACUAAGUGGACAAAUAGGAGCUUUUGAAUAUGCGGUGGGACCAGCCGUGACUAAUACUGAGGGAGAGGAGAAGACACGCAGCAUGGAAACGGAGUUUUCAGACCCCUCGACUUGGACGAGGAGAGACAUGAGUGACAUCAAAGCCACAAGUCUGCGUCUGGUAUCUGCGGUUCCCUUUUCCUUGAGGAAAGCCAAAGCAAGAGUCCUGCUGAAUGACCAGAAUCCUGGCCUUGUCUCCAGGCUGAGAAGAGCAACUGCUGACAAAACCCUUACUUGGUCAGUACACCUACCUCCAAGUUUGAUCAAAGGUGAAGAGUUAAUUUUAGAGGUCAGGCUAUUAAACCAUCUCCAGCAUGACACCGAGGUUAUUGUGGUAGUUGAGGAGAGCCAGAUGUUUGAGCUGGUCCUGACAGACACCAGUGCUGUGUCAACGCCCAACAAACAGACCCUGGCAGUGAGCGCUCUUGGACAGGCUUGGGCACUGUUCCCCAUACGGCCACUGGUGGUCGGAGAGAUACCGUUCUCCAUCCUCGUGCUGUCCUCAGGGAUAGAGAAUAGCACAACGGCCAAACUACUAGUAGUGCCGCAGGGCCAUCAGCAGACCUUCUCCCAGUCUCUGUUUCUGGACAUUCCACCGACCAGGAGCAACCUAUCGAGGGAGCUGCAGUUCACGCUGCCUGAUGGAGUGGUCCCGAACACCCAGAGGGCUCACGUGGCUGUGGCUGGUGAUAUCCUUGGCCCGUCCAUCGCUGGUCUGGCUUCACUCAUUCAGAUGCCUCACGGCUGUGGGGAACAGAACAUGAUAGAAUUUGCUCCCAGUAUUUACGUACUGCAGUACCUGUCCAGAGCCUCGAUCGUCAACGAGGAAAUAGCCGGUAAAGCUUUGGCAUACAUGAAAGAAGGAUAUAAUCGAGAGCUGUCAUACCUGCGGGACGACGGGUCAUUCAGUGGAUUUGGAGAGCGCGAUCCCUCUGGCAGCACGUGGCUGACUGCCUUUGUUCUAAGAUGUUUCUUGCAGGCCCAGGCUUUCAUGCGGAUUGAUCAAAGCAUACUCUCCAAGGCCUUCUCGUGGCUGGCGGAGCAGCAGACUCCUGACGGCAGCUUCACUGAGCCCGGGAGGGUCGUCCACACGGAGCUACAGGGCGGUCUAGACGACCCGGUGUCCCUCACCGCUUACGUCCUCAUCACACUCUUGGAGGACCAAGCCCAAACGGGGCUGUUCCCAGGUAACGUGUCCAAAGCCACGGAGUUCCUGGAGACGCAUCUGUCCAGUGGCAUCUCCAGCAGCUACUGCUUGUCCCUGGUGUCCUACGCUCUGUGUCUGGCCAGCAGUCUGAAUGCACAAAAUGCCAUCGAUGAGCUGACGAGUCGAGCAGACAUUAGAGAUGGCGUUCCGUUCUGGAGCUACAGGGAUGCUGACCUGACCGAGUCCUGGCAGCCCUCCUCAGCAAGCGUAGAGAUUGCUGGGUACAUGCUGCUCAGUCUGUUCAAGCAGGGUAAUAUUGUGGAGAGCAUCGACCUCAUGAAGUGGCUGAGUAGCCAGAGGGGGCCAGAGGGAGGAUUUGGUUCCACACAGGACACUGUUAUUGCUCUCCAAGCUCUGUCUCUCUAUGCAUCUUUUAGUGGCGCCGAGGCAAUUGAUAUGAACAUUAAGCUCACAUCCAAGCCCUCUCUGAUGGUAACAAGCUUUACAAUAAACUCCACAAACUAUUUAACAGUUAGUCAACGACAGAUCAACAUGAACACGUCAGUUCACAUGGACAUCUUCAUUGAGGGAAGAGGAUUUGCCUUAUUUCAGAUAAACAUAUUUUACAAUUUGGAGAGCCUGGCCUUGUCUCAGGCACAAAGGCAUGCCACAAGCCACGAGGCCUUUGAACUGAGAGUUGAGGUGUCGGACGAAGAAACGGACACAAACCAUAUCCUUUUAUCCGUCUGCGCCAAACUGUUAGACAGUCAGAGUAUCAAUCAGACAGGAAUGGCCCUUCUAGAUGUCCAGAUUCUGAGUGGAUUUACGUUACGUCCGAAUGGCAUUGAGACAAAUGAUCUGGUGAAGAGCGUGGAGCCUCACCCUGGGAGAGUGGCGCUGUAUUUGGAUUCACUGGGGAAAGAAGAGCAGUGCGUCAACGUGUCCCUCGUGAGACAGUUCAAAGUGGCCCAUGUGCAGCCAGCACUGAUCCAAGUGUUCGACUACUAUGAGCCUCGGCGGAAGGCCGUGAGACUGUACAACUCCAAGGUGAUGCGUGACCUCCCCAUCUGCACCUUCUGUGGAGACACGUGCAGUCAGUGUUGGGGUAAAAUGACCACCAGUGAUACCACAACUAUUUACUCGAGAAACAGCGCCAUCUACAGUCUGGGGUGUUUACUAUUUUUUGUCAUCAGAAUGUGCUUCUGACUUGUUCUCAAAAAUGUAAUGUGUAUAUAUAUUAGUGAAAUGUCAUAAAUCAUAUUGUCAAGUCAUGGCAAGGAAUCAUCAGAAAGAUACCCCAUAACAACAAGAUGUAUAUAAGAUUAUUAGACUAGACUAGAUUAUUCCGGAUAACUUUAUUUUAGGUGUCUCAGCCCCUAUGUAUUAUUUUAUAAAAGGUUUAAACAAAAUAUUGCUAUAACUCCAUUCACCAUUUCUACACCUAACUCAACAUUCCCAAUUGCACCACAAAAGUAAAACUGCAACUUCUGUUUACGCAACAUACAGUGUGUUUCUAUUUCAUCAACUUAAAUGAAAUAUUAGGUGUCUCAUGCCAAAGACAUGCAGUGGGGCCUGUUCAUCUUUAACGACUUGUUUAUGUGUGCACAUUUAGGUUUCUAAUUAAAUAUGGAGAGUUGGCACAUUCAGAUAUUAAACAUGACAUGUACUCUAAGCAAGCCAGGUCUUUAUAAUCAUCAAUCUGUUUAUGGCUCAGAAGACAAUGGUAGCGUUAGUCACAUGGGAAAUUAAAUCUUUGAUACAUAGUGUGACGAUUUACCCACAUAAAUGAUUCAAACUAAUUCAUUUGUCUGCUGACUUACAGAGGCCACUUUCUCCACUGAAUUUGUUAGUGUCUUUGGAUUUCCAUUGAAACUGAUUUGUUAUGCAACAGAGACGACUGUUUAAUAACUUGAGGUUGU